GUUGGGUAUAAAGUAUUAAAGUUGUCUUUUCGGACAAAAAACUUUGGAGUUUUUCCAGGAUUUUAACAGUCUUUCCAUAAGGGAUGCAUCGUUUAUUGAUCAAACACGCUAGACAAGUAGUUACUGUUUGUAAAAAUGGCGAAACAUUGCUAAAAGGGGCUGCUAUGAACGAUGUUUGUGUAUUGAAUGGUCCAGUUAGUGUAGUUAUCAAUUGUGAUGGUCAUAUUGGAUAUAUUGGUGAAGAUACUGAAGUGUCGCAGAAGUUUGAGGAGAAAGAGUUUGAAAGGAUUGUAGAUGCAACUGAUUGUUGUCUUAUACCAGGUAGAAAUACUGUAGUUCCGGAGGGAGGCUGGGGUGCAGGAGUGGUUCUCUGGUUUAACAUUAUUAAACUUCCCCAGGGAGAUGAACGACAGUAUAAUGCAGGGAGAGGGACCAGGGAAAGUUAGUCUCCCUUGAUUCCUAUAGUCCAUAUAGUGCUUGUAAGAGUGUAAGUUGCUUUGACUAUAAUUAAGACCCAAAUUGCCACAUUCUGCACAGGUCAAUGUCUUUUAGCAGAGAAAAAUAACUUGUUUUGUAUGUGAAUUUUCUCCACCUCCUCUCUCCCCUGCCCCAACAGGCCUCAUUGUGAAACAAGACCAUGCUCACACACAGGAGGAAAAACUGUUGACAUUCUGUAGGGCAAGAUGAAAAAUUGCUUGACCAUGAUGAGAAUGUUUGUUACAUUUAGGCUUAGUCGAUGGUCACACACACCCUGUAUUUGCCGGAGACAGAGUCCAUGAGUUUGCAAUGAAGGUGAGUGCUUCUCACAACAGCAGAUGGUUGUCAACUUCUUAAUGGGUUAAGUUGCAUUGCACCCUAAUGCACCCUACUCUGUCUAACACCAGAUGAUUUUACUCAUCAAGGGAAGAGUGCUGGUGUUGAAUGAGUUAGUCAGAAUAUCUGUCCAUGUGUUUAGUUAACCCAAUAAGUUGCAUUGCUCCCUAAUGCACCCUACUCUGUCUAACACCAGAUGAUUUUACUCAUCAAUGGAAGAGUGCUGGUGUUGAAUGAGUUGGUCAGAAUAUCUGUCCAUGUGUUUAGUUAACCCAUUAAGUUGUACUGCGUCCUAAUGCAUACUUUAUUAUUUUACUCUGUCUAACAUCAGACAAUCUUACUUAAGUCAUGUUUACACUACGAGCCUAAGCCUGGCCUAGGCCUACCUUUGGACUAGAUUUUUAUAGUGUAAAUGUACUACGGCCUGGUCUAGGUCAGGAAAUCUGGGCCUAUCAGAACAGGUGUUCCAGGUUUCCUGACCUAGGCCAGGCCAAAGUGCGUUUACACUACAAAAAUCUAGUCCAAAGGUAGGCCCAGGCCAGGCUUAGGCUCGUAGUGUAAACACAGCUUUAGUUCUAAGCUUUCCUGUCUCAUUUCCUAGCUAGCUGGUGCUUCAUACAUGGAUGUCCACAAAGCAGGCGGUGGAAUACAUUUCACUGUCGACCACGUCCACAGAGCAACUGAAGAUGAACUAUUGACAAAUUUAAAAGAAAUUUUACGUAGAAUGUUACAAGCAGGUACAACGUUACUUGAAGCAAAAAGUGGUUAUGGACUUGAUACAGAAAAUGAAAUAAAAAUGUUGAAAGUUCUGGAGCGAGCAAAGAAGGAAGGGCCAGUAGAAAUAUCCAGCACAUACUGUGGUGCCCAUGCUGUUCCUUGGUAAGCAAUAUCUCAUGUUCAUCUCAUGUCCAUCUCAUGUUCAUCUCAUGUUCAUCUCAUGUUCAUCUCAUGUUCAUCUCAUGUCCAUCUCAUGUCCAUCUCAUGUCCAUCUCAUGUCCAUCUCAUGUCCAUCUCAUGUUCAUCUCAUGUUCAUCCCAUGUCCAUCCCAUGUUCAUCUCAUGUUCAUCUCAUGUUCAUUCUCAUGUCCAUCUCAUGUUCAUCUCAUGUUCAUCUCAUGUUCAUCUCAUGUCCAUCUCAUGUUCAUCUCAUGUUCAUCUCAUGUUCAUCUCAUGUUCAUCUCAUGUCCAUCUCAUGUUCAUCUCAUGUUCAUCUCAUGUUCAUCUCAUGUUCAUCUCAUGUUCAUCUCAUGUCCAUCUCAUGUUCAUCUCAUGUUCAUCUCAUGUUCAUCUCAUGUCCAUCUCAUGUUCAUCUCAUGUUCAUCUCAUGUUCAUCUCAUUCUCAUCUCAUUCUCUGCACACAUGUUGUCUAUUGAUGUUUCAUUAUUAUUUAUACUGGAUAUAGUUGUAUCAGUUCUAAAGUGUACUCUCUAGAGGUCCAGGAAGGAUCAUCUCUUAUUGAUCCAGUGUUACUACAGAAGGAAAUCGGAGUAGCUUGAGAAAACCUUAAUUAUUUUUGCUAAUAUUAUUAUUAUUUUUAACUAUAUGCAUUUUAAAAAUAAUUAUAUUAAUUAUUAAAUAAGUAAUUAUUAAUUAGUAAUCAUAACAAGUAAUAAUUAUAAUAAUUAAUUAGUAACUAUAAUUAAUAAUUAAUUAAUAAUUCUAAUUAAUCAUUGAUUUUUUUUAUACUAUGUUAAUUAUUAUUAAUUGUAUUAUGUUAUAUUAAUAAUAAUUAUUAUUUUUAUUUAAUUUUUUUAUUUAUUAUUUUGCAAUUAAUUAUUUUUAUUUUAUUACUGGAAUGAAAGCCUGGUCACAGAGAUACACCAAGCACUGUGACAUAUUAAUGUUAAUUUAUCUUUGAUUAUUUCUAGUGGUCUAACAGCAGCAGAAGCCACAUCAGAUAUCAUCAACAAGCAACUGCCAAGUUUGAAAUCUCUGCUGAGCUCAGGUGAACUUCAUGUUGACAAUAUUGAUGUGUUUUGUGAGAAAGGUGUAUUUGAGCUUGCAGAUACAGAGAAAAUACUAAAGGCAGGAAAAGAAAUUGGUCUUGAAAUUAAUUUUCAUGCUGAAGAAUUGAAUCAACUCAACUCUGUCGAGGUACAAGAUGUUAAAGUACUUAUAACAGUUGGUUGGGGCUGCAUAUGGUGUCCAAGUCAUGGUUAUCAAUAUGAAAUAGUUGUGAUCACAGAUAUGAAAUAGUUUGGAUCUAUCUUGUUUUUCUGAGCUGUAUGUAAAUCAGUAUUUGUUGGUACAGGUAUAUAUACUGUAUCAACAUUCUAUUACAUUGGUCUAUCUUGGCAUGGUAUUGCCAUUACCAAAUGAAAAGAGCUAGUAGUAAUAUUGUGUGUUAAACAGAGCCAGUAAAUAUUUCUUGUGUUGAUUCAAUUAAGAGUUCAUUUUGUUUGUAGUUAGGAGUGUCACUGGGGGCAAGAGCUGCCAGUCAUCUGGAAGAAAUCAGUGAUAAAGGAAUUGAAAUGAUGGGUGCCAGUUCUACAGUGGGGGUUGUGUUACCAACUACUGCAUACAUCUUGAAACUUAAACCACCCCCUGUGAGAAAGAUGAUAGAGCAUGGUAAGUGUUGAUAAUGGUCACCUUUAUCACCACCAUCACCAUGUUCACCAACUAUCACUGUCCACCAUCAGUAGUUAUGAUGGUACUGGAUAUUGUGAUGCCAUCAUCACCACCACCACCAAUGUCAUCACCAUGCGCAUCACUGCCACCAUUAUCACCAUAACCACCAUUGUCACCAUAACCAACAUCACUACCACCACCAACAUCACUACCACCACCAACAUCACUACCACCACCACCAAUGUCAUCACCAUCACUGCCACCAUUGGUGUCCAUAACCACCAUCACUACCAUCAUCAUUGUAAUCACCACCACUGCCACCAUCAUCACCAUCACUACCAUCACCACCAUCACCACCAUCACUUAUAUAUUUUCCCAGUGUAAAAUGAUAAAUUAUUACCAUUUCCUGCUUCCAGGAUGUGCAGUAGCGCUUGGCUCAGACUUCAAUCCGAAUGCCUUCUGUCUUUCAAUGGUAUGUACAGUAUGCAACUUCCAAAUUUCAAGUGUUUUGUUUCAUAAACUGGAAAUUUACCCUGGCAGAUGAAAAAACUCUUCAUCAAAAACUCUUUAAGACUUUAUAAUUCGUUUACGGUCUCCACAUUUUCUUUGAAGCCCCUAGUGAUGCAUCUGGCGUGUGUGACAUUUGGUAUGACAAUGAACGAGGCACUUGUAGCCAGCACAAUCAAUGCUGCAGCGUCAAUAGGACGAUCUCAUUCUCAUGGUUCUCUGGAGGUCGGAAAAGUUGCUGAUAUGUUAAUCCUGGAUUGUCCAAGGUAGUAAUAAGAUACAGUAUUCGUAAGAUACAGUUUGUAGAUACAAUUAAGUGGUGGUCCAGUGUAGGUAGUAUUCUACAAUAAGCUGUUGUGGUUUGUGUCUGAACUACCUGAAAAAGAUAUCUCAAACGUAGUGGUCCAGUGUAAGUAGUAUUCUACAAUAAGCGAUGCGGUUUGUGUCUGAACUACCUGAAAAAGAUAUCUCAAACGUGGUGGUCCAGUGUAGGUAGUAUUCUACAAUAAGCUGUCGUGGUUUGUGUCUGAACUACCUGAAAAUAUAUCUCAAACGUGGUGGUCCAGUGUAGGUAGUAUUCUACAAUGAGCUGUUUAUGUUUGAUGCUAUGUCGGGCUGAAAGAUAAUGUUCGUGUUUUCCAGAUGGGAACAUUUAAUAUAUCAGUUUGGUGGACAUGAUCACGUGAUAAAACACGUCAUAAAGAAGGGACGAGUGGUGCAUUCUCGCAUGAGCACGUGAUUAAAUAUGGACGCAAUGUAAGUUCUCAAAUUUAUUAUUAUUUAUCAGCAGCAUAUCCUGCUGUAUUUAUUCCCAUGGUAGAUGGAUAUAGUCAUAUAAAACCAUAGAUGAAUUUCCACAUUUAUUUUAAUUAUCCAUAAAAAUUCCCUUUAUUCAUACUCUACAUACGUUAACCCCAAGUUGCAAAAAAGUUCUAGUGGCAUGCAUAGAAACGUGCUGGAUAAGCUUUGCGCAUAUGAACACUUUAAAGAAACUGUUUUGUAUUGUACGUUUUUAAAGAGUUCACAUACUGCAGUAACUGUUUUAAAAGACCACCUCUAUUUGUGCAUAAAAAGUUGCAAUUUACAAUUACUACCCAAUACCUAGAAACCCGUUAUUAUUAGCACGUGACUAACCAAAUGUAGAAAAUGUCUCAGAUAAAUAAAGUUUCGAUUAACUUGCUUGCUUUUAUGAGUUUCAAAGUUACGUCACUAACAUUACAUCUCAAUCCAGUCACACAUCGAGAUCAGUGAU